CUCUUUUUUUUCUCGAAGAACUUCGUCCAGGAAUCAAGUCAUUUUUAAAACAAUCUGGGAAUAUGGCAACGAAAUGGGGUAUCGUGAGUGCUGGAAAGAUAAGUCAUGAUUUUGUAAACGCUGUACGAAGUAUGCAGAACGAUGAUAAUGUGUUUGUAGCUGUUGCAGCACGUGAAAUUUCAUCAGCUGAAAGAUUUGCCUCUCUUCAUAACAUACCAAAAGCAUAUGGAUCUUACAACACACUAGCAAAAGACCCUGACAUCGAUGUCGCAUACAUUGGGUGCAUCACUUCACAGCAUUUCCCCGUCGCCAAACUGAUGCUUGAAAACGGAAAGAACGUCUUGGUGGAGAAGCCUAUGACCUUAAAUGCUAAACAGACGAAAGAAUUAAUUCAGAUCGCCCAAGCAAGGAAUCUUUUCCUCAUGGAGGCGAUUUGGAGCAGAUUUUUGCCUUCUUACAAAUUUCUAAUGGAACUUAUUCGAGAUGGUACCAUCGGAGAUGUUGUCCACAUACAUGCAAGUUUGGGAAUCCCUUUGAUUGACAGAGAAAGAAUUGUCAAAAAACAGUAUGGUGGAGGAACCAUCCUCGAUCUUGGAAUAUACCCGUUGAAUGCAGUAUCGAUGAUUUAUGAUGAAAAACCAGUUGAGAUUGCAUCGGUUGGACACUUAAAUGAAGAUGGCGUUGACUUAGCUAUGUCAAGUAGCUUAAAGUACAGCAAAAAUCGUACAGCUACUGUUACUACAAGUGGAAUUACAGAGCUACCGAAUGAGCUGGUAAUAACAGGAACACGAGGACGUAUAAAAGUUCCCAACUCAAUGUAUGCUCCAGAGGAAAUACUCGUAUCUCCUGAUGAAAAACAGCAUAAGUUUUCUUUGCCGUCUACGCUGCUGCCCGGAAAUUUCCCCAACAGUUCUGGCCUCAGAUAUGAAGCGGUGGAAGUGACAGAGUGUUUGAAAAAAGGUAAACUUGAAAGUUCCAUCAUGCCGCUUAAAGAUUCUUUGAUGCUAGCUGAAAUAAUGGACGAAAUACGCAAGCAGAUUGGUGUUGCUUACGACGAAGACUGAGUUAUCGUCUGCUUCACACACUGAAAAAAAAAAAAUGCUGUCGUAUUUUAUAAUAAAAUUAGUUUCUACUGAGACUGUCGUUGUAAG